GACUCAUACCAGACAGCGUCACCACACCGACUCGUUCUCCUCUCCAGGAUGCUCCUCCUGCUCUGCGUCGCCGUCUUCUCCUCCGCGGGUUUCGCCUCGGAGAUGAACCAGACCUCCAAGCUGCUGGCGGAGAGCGGGGAGCAGUGCUCGGCCUGCGACUUCCGGGAGCACAGCAAGCAGAUGAGGCUGCACAGCAUCAAGUCGCAGAUCCUCAGCAUCCUGCGGCUGGAGCAGGCGCCGAACAUCAGCCGGGACAUGAUCCGCCAGCUGCUGCCCAAAGCGCCCCCUCUGACGCAGCUCCUGGACCAGUACGACCCGCGGGUGGAGGACGAGGACCACGCAACCACGGAGACCAUCAUCACUAUGGCCACCAAGCCCAAUCCAGUGGACGAGGACGAGUUGUCCUCCUGUUGUCUGUUCAGCCUCAGCCCGAAGAUUCAGCCCAAAAACCUCCUGAGCGCUCAGCUGUGGGUCCACCUGCGGCCGGCCGACAUGGUCACCACCGUCUUCCUGCAGAUCUCCCGCCUCAAACCCGGGAAGGAGGGAAACAACACGCGUGUCCGAGUCCGUUCCCUGAAGAUCGACACGGACGCCGGCGCCGGUUCGUGGCAGAGCAUCGACAUCAAGUCUCUGCUGCAGGCUUGGCUGCGUCAACCGGAAACCAACUACGGCAUAGAAAUCAACGCCUACGACUCCAAAGGAGAAGAUCUGGCCGUCACCUCGGCAGAGCCUGGAGAGGAAGGACUGCAACCGUUCAUCGUGGUGAAGAUCCUCGACAGCCCCAAAAGGUCCCGUCGUGACUCGGGCCUCAACUGCGACGAGGAGUCUGCAGAGACUCGCUGCUGUCGCUAUCCGCUCACCGUCGACUUCGAGGAGUUCGGCUGGGACUGGAUCAUCGCGCCCAAACGCUACCGGGCCAACUACUGCUCGGGGGAGUGCGAGUUCAUGCACCUGCAGCAGUAUCCCCACGCACACCUGGUGAACAAGGCCAACCCCCGGGGCACCGCGGGGCCCUGCUGCACGCCCACCAAGAUGUCGCCCAUCAACAUGCUCUACUUCAACCGCAAGGAGCAGAUCAUCUACGGAAAGAUCCCGUCCAUGGUGGUCGACCACUGUGGCUGCUCCUGAGGAAGCAUCCUGCAGGACAGUCAUAGAGGCUCGGUCUUCAGACAAAGUGAUGCAAAAAAAUCUAAUUUGAAACAGUUGAAACAGACAAUAAAUAAGCUUUGAGAAUGUUAAAAUAUCAUUCGCAACAGAAAUUAAAAAAAAAAAUUCCAGGGAAUGAACUACUAAUCUGCAUUUUUAUCGCAACCCAAAAAGUUGAUUUAAACCAGGAAGUAAGAACGAAACAUGAUGGAAACAGAUGAUUGUUCUGAGGGACCAAUUAAAUGUUGUAAAGACACAACAGCGAUGGCACAGAUCUUCAACAAAACGUGGCAAAAAACCCCCAAAAAACAAUCAUAACUUACGUUGUGUGAAAGUAGCAGCCUUCCCUUUCAUUUUUAGACCGGUAGUAACAACUUGAGCCACUUGGGAGCAGCAGAAACUGGCUGUGAAACCAACACCUUACAGAGCUGUAAACUUGUUAGCAAAUAGCAGCUUAUUUACACAUCCAGUAGAUACAAAGCAACAUGAUCGCUCUUUUGGAGUUGUGUCUGCUCAGUGAAUGCAAGUCAAAAACUUUUAGCUCUGUUUUUGGUCUCCACCAGCUCUUGAGGUAAAUAUGUGGUUCUUUAGCUGCUAAGUGUUCGACUAGCUUGUCUAACUGUGUCUGUUUGCUACGGAGGGGGUCAUGUACAGGAGCUUUUUCCUCUGAAAGCGGCUUCAAGUUGCAACUAGAGUUGUUAAAAAAAAAAUAAAUAAAGCUGAAGUUGGGAACCAAAACAAUAAACGAAAAGACACUAGAAUGUUCCACAGAGCUGAAGGUAACUGCAGUGUUGCUACGAGCAAACUGUUAAUGUUCAAGUCAUUUGGUCCAUUGUUAAAAUUACGGUAUUGUUUUCAGUUUCAGCUUUAAGGCUUGUGAUAUAGUCACUUUAAAAAAACAAAAAACUUUCAUGUCCACCAAAAGAUGCAAUUCAGUAAACGAACAGCGGGGGGCAGCGUUUCAGCAUGGAAACAACAUAGUGGAGCAGGCAAAUGUGGAUUUGGGGUUGAAUCGUGCACUUUGUGCUAUAAGCAUGAAAUCUGGCACGAGCAUUACUUAGUGGUCAGUUUUCUGGAAAAAUAGUGCUAGCCAUGAAAAAAAUUCAAUAUGGCGGCCAUUUUUCAAGAUGGCCACCAGAUGGGUCUCUGCUGUGUCGUUUUGCUCAGAAACCAUGGUGGUAAUUGUGAUAUGAGCAUGAAAUUUGGUACGAGUGUUUCUUGCAAGUCACCUUCUCAGGAAAAAGUGCGAGCAAUGAAAAAAUUCAACAUUUUGAACAAUGGCCGCUAAAUGGGUCUCUGUUAUACGGUUUUGCUCUGAUAUCAAUGUACAAGUUAAAUUUGGUGAAAUAUUUGUAAUUUUCAUUCCCCAUGGCGGAUAAUCACGUGAAAUCCUUCGUUUUUAUGCUUUUUUGAGAUAUCUCCCCGAUCUUGUUUUGUUGAAUGGACUGCUUUAGCUCCAAGGGCUGUUCAUUGUUGACUGAUUCAGUCACAAAGAAGUCAUUUCACUGAAUAGCCCCAUUGUCGUACGAUAAAAUGAAAUAAGUCACGUGAUUAUCCACCCUGCUUAUAGGCUGUCAUGUUGAAUUUUUUUUUUUUGCCGCUAGCGCUUUUAUCUAAAAAAGUGACCAACUAGGAACACUCCUGACAAAUUCCAUGUUUGUAUCACAAUUUGCACUCGGGUUUUUGAGCAAAACCAUGUAACAGAGGUCCGUUUGGUGGCCAUCUUGAAAAAUGGCUGCCAUAUUGAAUUUUUUCCGUGGCUAGCACUUUUUCUGAAAAGGUGACCUAUGCACGAUGGUUUGCCCAAUCUGCUCCACUCAUAACGAUGGAAAUUAGCUCAUGCUUGUGAGUUGCACUAAAAUGGGCAAAAUUGUGUCCAAUUUUCAACAGAGAUCGUUGUUGUUUUUGCUCUGUUCUGCCACCUAGUGGACACAAAUUCCAAGAGGACACACAAAAUACACAGCAGCGUCCCUUAUGUUGCACGUUAAAGUGAAUAUAUCACAAGUCUAACACGAGAUAAACCUGAAGUAGGCAAAAUUUAUGUCUUCUUACUUAUAUUUUACUUGUUAAAUGUCCUAUAUGGAUGUAAAUAACUCCAACUUUGCUUCAACUUUAAUUUGCAUGUUGUACUUUGACUCCAGAUACCUUCACAUGGAGCAAGACUUUAGGAUUUGAUAGACUCCUGCUGCUUAUUGUCCUCCUGUUUUAUGCAGCCGUGCCCUGAUUUGAGCCUUGACCAGAGCAAACCCUGCAGGGCGUCUUUCUUCUGGUAAACAUGAACUGAGUGACUCGGAGCCGACACAUGGAUCCUCCCCGUCCUGCCGCUUGUUUGCAAACUCCUCGCUGUGAUCAGUUCUCAAGAGCAGAGAUGCUUCUCUUGAGGACAGCGCUGCAGUUUUCAUUCUGUUGUCGUGUUUCCGCUGUGAUGGGUUGUGUUGCAUGUCGUUAAGCAUGAGAAGACUGACAGGGUGUCGUGUUUUAACUGACAUGUCCUCCCUGGAGCCAGAAAACGCUCCUUUGGGUGGAUCUGGGGUGAUGUUUUCCUCGAAGCUCAAGCGUUGUCUUUCUGCUGUUCUUGGGGCUCAAACAUUGAAUGCAUCUGCUGCCUCAUAAAAUGUGCCACAGCUGA